AUGGGGCUUCCCUCCGCCCCUGAAGCCCCCGGCCCUCCACAAUCUCAGUUCCUUGGUCUACAGUCGUCUUGGAUCCCCCUGCGCAAAGUGCACAAAGAUUCUCGACUCAGAUUCCUCACCCCGGCGGAGAUGCUCAACCCAACUGUUUGGGACGUGCAGUUUCUCAACUCUGUGAUGAUGCGCGCUUCCGAGCCGCGCCUUUUCAUCACUCAUCCUGACGCCUAUCUUCAAGACUUUCAGUCGUACGAAACGGGCUGGACCUGGCAAAGAGUGCGCGAGCUCACUCGCGUCUACACGGAGAACGAGUCCUCACAGCAGGUGCCCGAAGCCGAUGCGCUCGAAGACUGCUGGGCCUGGACCGACACCCUGGACGAAUUACCAGGCACACAAACUUCCAUGAGCAUGCGCAACGAGCGCAGUCGCCUUCGUGCUUCUACUGGAUCACCUGCUGUCCAGAACAUGACGUCGUGGCGGUCUAGCAGCCCCGUUGUGGGUGUAUCGUCGGCCGGCCAAUCUCUCAUUCGUCGUAACAGACGGCCCUCUUACAUCCGGACUACCUCGGUUCCGCUGGAAGGUGUUGGUGGCCACCCCUCACCCAUGACCACGGCACGUCGAAGGGUCAUGUCAGGUGGCCACAGCAGGCGAGCAUCGCCCAGCGUCAGAGGAGGUCCACAGUUCGCCGUCAGUAAGAGACGUCGGGCAAGGUCACCCAGCUACGCACGCUUCACACCGCGGUUCACCACGUCGCCGAGCCCCAUGCCCAUGUCGCACGAGCGACACUAUGUCCGAGGCACUACCCCCUUCGCCUAUGCGACACCCCACAGCAAUGCGCCCCUACAAGAGGCGCGUACCAUCCGUGCAGGAAGUGCCGCGCCUGUUCCUGCUGAGUACAUGGCCGAUAUGGCCUACGACGAACUGUACGAGAUUGAGAUCUACGAGAGCGAUUCGGAGAUGUCGUUUGGAGAAGACGAAGACGACGAUGAGGAGGACGAGGAGGAUAACAUCGCCUCGGCAAAUCUCAGCGCACUUGUUCCCCAUGCCCAGCCACAGCGGCGUACACACCUGCCGGAAGAUGAACCCUGGCCGGGAAUCGAGGAUCAGGAGCAGCAAAUGUCGGAUGGUGAGAAUGUCGACCCUGCCGAGGACAGGCGGAGUGUUGCGAGCAGUCAGCCAUCAGAAUAUCCCAGCACGAAUCGCGCGUGGCCGGAGGAUACGGCUGCCGGUUUUCGCAUCCACGAGGAUGCGUGA